AUGCCGAUUCAGAGGUUCAAUGUGUCAUACGUGGAAGUCAUUGAAGGUGGUGCCACCGUGGCAAGUUGUUAUCAGGCGCUAGAGCAUGGCGAAGGCAGUUCGAAGUACGGUUCGGUCGGAGACUCUGUAGCGACGCCCGAUCUAUUCCAUAAGCUCACUAUUGAUCUAGUGGUUCCCAAGGUGGUGCCAGUGGAAGGGAAUAAGGUAACCAAAGUUUCACUUCCGCUUAUAGACGGGUAUGAUUGUUACUAUACCACGACACAUUCGCCCUCAGACGAAAACUACAGAGCGUUUGUGUGUUUCACUCGAACUGUAAUACCCAAGAUACUGCCCAUCAGGUUGCUGAGUGACUUAAAGGCCCAGAGUCGAGAAAUAAAUAACGACGACGAGCUGAGCUUGAAAGUGGGCGAGAUACUCGACAGUUUCCACGAAGAGCUGAGGUCCUACAGUAGCGAAAAUGGCACCGAGAGCGCCGAUGCUGCCGAAAGCGACCUGCAGGAUAUCGUCCAGGUUAUGAACGACAACAUCGACAAGUUUCUGCAAAGACAAGAGAGGAUUUCGCUGCUGGUGGAUAAGACGUCGCAGCUAAACAACAGUAGCCACUCGUUCAAGAGGAAGGCGAAUCGAAUAAAGCAGAGAAUGUGGUGGCACAGGAUGAAGAACAUCACUCUAUUGGUGUUCGCGGUAAUUCUGUUCAUCAGUGCGAUUUUGUUUCCCCUUCUGUUGCGGAAACCAUAA